AUGAAGGCGUACAUCCCCGUGCUUGCUCUCGCAGGCAUUGCCGCUGGACAAGCCCCGGCCUGGACACAGUGCGGCGGCAUCGGCUACACAGGUACAACAACCUGCGUAGCCGGGUACGCUUGCAAGUAUCUAAACGAUUGGUACUCGCAGUGCCAGCCUGGCAAUAGUCAGUCGACAUCGUCAUCCACAACUCUCACAACAAUGACGUCGUCCACGACAAGUCCCUCAACCCCAAGCGCGUCUCCAACAGACGGCGCAGCUCACGUCCGGUAUCUCGGCCGCGUCAACCCCGCAACAAGAGAACUGACCUGGCCGGGUACCGGCGUAGCCUUUACCUUUACUGGGACUUCGGCGACUGUAGAUCUAGACCAAGUGACGGGAGCCAACAGCCUCGAACUAACAAUCGACAACGGCGAGCCGAUCGUCUUCCUAGAUGUCACCAGCACGACAACCUCAAUCUCCACGCCCUCUGGUCUCUCAUACGGAACACACACCGUCGAACUGCGCAAGCGCUCCGAGUCCUAUUUUGGCGCAAUCACCAUCGGGACCGUCACAACGGACGGCAGUCUAAUCUCCGCACCAGCGCCCGCGCGCAAGAUCGAAAUAAUCGGCGACUCAAUCACCGUCGGCUACGGCCUCGACGGCGUAAACCCAUGCACAAACACGGCAGCGCUAGAAAAUAACCCAAAGACCUACGCCGCUCUCGCAGCCAAGGCGGUUUCAGCAGAUUACAGCAUCAUAGCGUGGAGCGGCAAGGGUCUCGUGCGGAAUAUCGCUACCGGCGCUCCCGACGAUAGUCCGUUGAUGACGGGGUUGUAUACGCGGUAUGGCGCGAAUGACGCGGAUGGUAGCUAUCCCUUCGCAACAGCAAGGACAGAGUGGACGCCCGACGCUGUGGUCAUAACCCUCGGCACGAAUGACUUUGGAUACCUCGCCUACGACGCCUCGGGAACGGCAUACCCGGCGCGGCCGGUGAUCAACGCGACGGAUUUCACAGCCGGUAUGGUCGCUUUCGUCCGGAGGAUCCAGACGGAGUACUACCCGGAUGCCGAGAUCCAUUUCUUCCUAUCGGCAUCCCCGAUGCUGAGCGAUACGUGGCCCACGGCUGCAGAUGCACAGCAUACGACGCUGUCGAAUGCGCUUAAGAGCGCUGUGGAGCAGAUUGGGACCCAUGCGCGUUUUGUCGACUGGCAACCGCAGGGGGCGGAGGUGGGGUGUGACUAUCAUCCGAAUGCGGCUACGAAUGCGGCGCAGGGGGUGGUUUUGGCUGAAGUUUUGGGUGCGGUGUUGGGUUGGUGA